AUGGCUGCUCUCAUCUCAGAUAGUCCUCCAAACCCCAGCUGCAAAAUCAUGACUUUUAGGCCUUCGAUGGAUGAAUUCAGGGAGUUCAACAAAUACUUAGCGUACAUGGAAUCACAAGGUGCUCAUAGGGCUGGAGUUGCAAAGGUUAUCCCACCAAAGGAGUGGAAGCCAAGGAAACACUAUAAUGAUAUUGAAGAUAUGGUCAUUCGAAAACAGAUGGUCACUGGCCAGUCAGGGCUCUUCACACAGUACAACAUCCAAAAAAAGCCAAUGACUGUGAAGGAGUUCAAGCAGCUGGCCAACAGUGACAAAUACUGCACCCCAAGAUACAUAGAUUAUGAAGAUCUGGAGCGUAAAUACUGGAAGAACUUGACUUUUGUGGCACCAAUUUAUGGAGCAGAUAUCAAUGGGAGCAUUUACGAUGAA